AUGAGCGAGAGCCUGUCGCUCGCGGAUGCGCCAGCGCUGCGCUUCCGGCAGCUGCACCAGGAUCUGCUGGCCUUUGCGGGGCAGAGCAUGUCGGACGAUGAUGCACCGCAGUAUAUGGCGGAGCUAGUGGCUGCUGCUCCGGAGCUGUUGCAGCCUCUGGCCUUGGCGCCACCUAGCGCUUCGGAGCGCGCGGCACUUCAAGCCAACACGGUCAACGUCGCCGGCAAGCACGUAGACGUGUCGCCACUAAUCCAGCAAGAGAUUUGCAAACUCAGUGACGAAUUUCGCGCCAGCGAGAAGACGUGCUUUGAGUUUUGGCUGAUGGCCAGCGAGCAGCAACAGCGCGAGUGGGUUGAACGUGCGGACCAGCUCCCUCCUGGCACUAUUGCGAACUCGGUACAGAACGCAGCGCGCUACUUCCUGACCUCAGAGACGGAAUACAAGCUGCAUCUCCUCAAGGAGUUGCUGCGCCUGCGACUCGAGACGCAGCUGGACAAGCAGCGUGCGCAGUUCAUCGUGUCGUUUACUAACAAGCUACUGACGGAGGAGUUGCUGACCAACUUGGUGACAGCGUUUGACACUCAGCUGACACAGCUUGUACAAGUAGCCAGGAUGGAGCAGAGUGUGAGCUAUUGGCACACGCUGGUGGCGGAUUGCCUGGUGUUUAUCGUAUCCAGCACGCUGACAUUGGCAAAAGAAGUGCAGAAGCUUGCGGAAUUAUUGAAGACGUUGUGUGGACGCUUAAAAACUGUGGUGGCCAAGGUGUCGCCGCAUAUUGUGAACCUCUCGUCGUUCGCGCAGCUGUUUGAAGGUGGAUCACUAGCAGGAACGUCGCCGGAAGGGGCAGUGAGACAGGUGUCCUGCAUGCUGCAGACUAUUACGGCAGUUCAGGUGGCGCUUUUCGUGGUUUUGCUUCAGAAAAGCAGGAAAAUGGAUCGCGAAACUGGUGACAUGGAGAUGGGCAUUUCUUUGUGCCGACGAGAACACGCUUCAGUGGUGACGGAGCUGCACCGCAUUUUUUUCGUGGAGGAAUGGGAACAGCGGGGUCUUCAGAGCGUCGCAAUGCUUAUGUGGGCUGGCUUCCUGGCUGGUAACAAUAAUGAUAACAGCAGUAACAGUAACGUGAGCUUUGCUGAGGCAGAUGAUGCAACAAGCGUAGUCAAAAAGGCAAUCGAAGAGCGCGUGUUUCAUACGUUAGUUGAAGUGCAGCUAAAGUAUCUACCGGAUCGCAAGCGUGACCUGCGGCUGUACAACAUUUACGAGCGGAACUUUGAGCUGCUGUUCCGUACUUAUUCGUCGAAGAUGAUGAUCGACGUGCCGACUGUCGCUGACAAGGCUGCUAUUGCUGCUAUGCAAUCGGAAAAUGACGGUGAAGUAGCCGCUUGGACUGGCGAUUGCCUCGAGAAUGUUAUCGACUUUGCGACGGCAUUGUGUGCUCGCAACGCAGCGUUUUGCUGCUCAUUUUGGCGUGGAACGAACGAGGAGCUCGACUUUCAUGACAGCAAUGGCAGCGGCACCGGAAACAACGCAGGAGACGAGCCCGAGCCACUCUCUAGCAGCGUUGAUGAUGGAAACUGCCACGAUUUCUUACUCGCUUGUCGUGAUGCUGCGUUCAAGAACCCUGGAUGCAUCGCGUCGUACCUGCGUCUGGUCGCUGCUGCUGGUAGCGGACCGGAGUGCGCGCAGCAGGCUUUCCAUCACAUCAAGAAGAACCCACAGCAGCUUGGUUGGGAUCAGUUCUUUGCUGUAAUGGCAAAGUACCAGCGACUUCUAACGGAAGCUGAGAAGCCCACCGGGUAUUCGCCACUUGGUGUUGCUCAGGGAGUUGGGAUCGACGGCAGCACCUUUGGCAGUGUGAGCAGCGCAGCUAAUCCUGGUCCCCGAUUUAUUCGCCCCAAGGAACUGGAAGCAUUAGAAACCAUUCAGAAACUGAUUCAGGAAGUGAUUUCGGACCCUCAGUUGGCGCUUAUCUUCUUCCACAAUCACGACUGGUCUCCGAUCCCAACGUUCGUGGCUUUUCUUCAGUGUCGCAUUCCCAGCUCGCUCAAGGGAUCAAUUAUGAAGACGCUAGCUGCCUUUGCACGUGUGCCGGAUAUUGCGCCAUUUGUGUGGCGCCAAGUAGACGCGUUGCAGAUUCUACGUACUACGGGGGACACGUCGGUGUACGGCACCCAGGAUAUCAGCUAUGAACUCGAGCACUACGAGUCACUGAGCAGAACAUACCCUGCGACAAGAGGUUUUGUUACGCUACUCUACGAGCUCUUUGAGAACCCUCACGCCUGGAAGUCGUUUGAAGGCGAUGGCCGUGUCGCAGCGAUCCAGUUCUACUUCGAGUUCUUGCUCGAGCACGUGAUCUUGAAGUUUGAUUUGCGGAAAUACGAGCGGGAAGAAGAAAAGUGGGCGCUGGUGAACGGCGCGCUGGCCAUUUUUAAGAAGAUCCUGCGGAAUGUCGACACUUCGACGACGGAAGGUAGCUUGUCAUACCAACUUCUGGCUCGGUUCUUGUCGAGCAACUCAUUGCUGAACAAGGUACUGUCUAUCCUCUCGGGCGAUGGAGGUGUUGAGAACCUAGAGAGUACGUCGACAGACAUGCAUCUCGAGCACGCCUUCUUUUACUGUCUGGACAUUGUCAAGCGUGAGACGGAGGCCAAGCACGGCUCGCUGAAUUUCGUCAUUGACGUUUCGAAGAAGCCUAGCGACACGUAUCUGACCAAAACUACGGCGGUUGCUGCCUUGCGCGAGCGUUGUGUGCAACAUGCACUCGAAAUCGUGGUCUUGGUGCUGGAGAAGGACGUACAAUUCGUCAACAUCGACCUGAACCGCCAGCUUUCGCUCCGCCUCCAAGUGGAAAUGAUGCACACAAUCUUGUGUCGUCACCGCGCUGACUUUGUGAACAUUGUCAAGUACAUCAAGUACUCCAAGUCGACACACAUUCCACACUUGUCGGCAGUGAUUCUACGUAUGAUUAGUGCGCGUAUGAGUGGAACGGAUCUCGUGGAUUUACUUAUCGACAGUGGAUCCAGUGCAGACAUCAUGAUCGGCUACAUGAACCGCUUACUGAACGUGUACGAUGACGAUGAAAACGAUCAAGAUGAGAACGAGACGGGGACUGGCACUGAAGACGAGUUGCACUCAUCUGGAAGAAGGAAGCACCAAGACACGCGCACUCUCUCGUCUCCGUUCGAGUUAUUUACCCAAGAAACGCCCCCACCCUCCAUCCGCGCCGCCAUUCUGGACUUGCUACUUGAGAAUUUGAACAAGCCAGCGCCUAACUUGGCACAUUUGCUGCUAGGCAACGUCAACCAAUAUGGCGACUCGAAGGCUGGACCUGUGCCAACUUCGUACAUGAAGACAGGUCUCGCUGCUCUGAUUACGCUUGUGUCCAAUGCAGAUUUUGGCUUGGAGACGCCGGAGUUGGCAGAGCGAUGUUAUCACGUGCUCCACAGCUUGAUCACGCAAGAGUUCUCGUCUCCUAACACUAUCGCAGCUCUGGAAAGUGUCCCAAAUGACUAUUUCGCAUCUCAGAUCCAGCUGUUCAGCCGUGUGUACCAUGUAACGAGGAGGAAGACGGCCGCUGCUACGAUUGCUGAGUUGAACAUGCGCGGAUGGUUUUUCAAAACGCUAGCGGUGUACUUACAUGUGGGACUACACAAGGAGCCUCCGCACAUGAAGAAAAUUAACAAGCUGAUGGGACAGUUGCUGUCGGUAUCGACAGGCAGUCGCAAUGAUCGUGUCAUUGCGAGGCAAGAACAAAUGCUGCUGCUACAGUUGCUGGAUGAAUGCUCCUUCCACAUCUCGCCACCCCCCGUACCGGCGAACCAGCAGGUUGUGGCUUUGGCUGAACAGGUGACUGCAGCUGUGGAGCAGGGCUGCUACUACAAGUGGCUAAGGAUCGAUGUUGAGCGCUUCUGUCAGGCAUUGCAGACGCUUGAUCUGACGGCAACUGAGGAUGGAAUGGGCGAUUACUACUCGUCGUCUAGCAAGAGAUUCCGUGUGAAUGGCGACGGUACAAGCAGUACCAGUAGUCAGAACAGCACCGAAGCAGCUGCGGAGAGGUUCAUUCAGUGGGCUGUGCAGUGGAAUAUCUACUCGGAGCGGAUCUCUGCCGAGAGUCACGCGCUGAAUUCGCUGCGUGAGCUGAUGGAGGUGAUUGUGCUGGACUACCUUGCCCUGUCUCGCGAACAAGAAGGCCUUGAAACACCAGCGAUGUGGCAGGGACUAGAUGCUGUCGCAUCUGCUGAAGUGCGACAGGAGCUGAUGAGUGGCAUUGUGUCGGCUGUGCUGAGUAAACUGAUUGAGAAGACCAGUGCUUCUGCCCAGCUAUUUGAGAUCGUCUCGAGGAUCGCGUUGAUGCUCUUCUCGCAGCUCAGCUACAACAAUGACGGCAGUCAACCGCACGCGCUGCCGGAGAGUCGACAACGUCAGAAUAUGGGCUUUCUGGAGCUGCUGUUCCGUUCUAUCUACAGUAGCGCGGCGGCAACUGGAAACCCGUCAGCUGCGCGUAAUUCUCGGACAUUGCUGUACUCGUGCACCGUUCAAGUGCUGCAUGUGCUGCCAAGUCGUGCUGCUCAAGAUUCUGCUGCGAAAUUUGGCCUUGCGAGCUCGAUUCUCAGCCAGGAGCAGCGUGUUCGACAUCUGCUCACCAACCAGGUUGUUGAUCUGGUAUGCCGAGAUGCAAGCGAUGGCGAGGACACGCUGAGUAUGGCGCUUGCUGUGUCGGCGCUAGAGUCUCUGAUCGCUUUUGAUGACCAGUCGUCGCUUGUUGCGAUCUUCCGUGAACGUGGUUAUCUGCUACACUUUAUCGACAUCUUCAAGAAGCUCAGCGAGAUGGAUGCAGCCGCUUUUGAACGAAGCAAUGGUGACGCGAGUAUGGUAAAAAGCAGUGUGAUCCCCGAGGGAAUGGAUGCUACGACGAUCGGUACGAUGUAUGAGUGUUUCCUGUCGCUGUUCGCGCGAGUUGCUGAGACCCAGGAAGGAGCUGUGGCCUUGCUGGAAGGCGGCUUGGUCCGUGUGCUGUCUGAUGCACGCAACCUGCCAACACACCGACCGCAGUAUCUCGCUCCACACAACGGUACUCCGUCGUCUGAAGCAUCCGUGGCUGCUUUCCAGCGCGUGGAGACUGUAUACUACCGCAAGUGGGCUCCAGUGGCGCGUCUACUGAGCGCAUGUUGCGCCUCAUUACCGAAGAACCGCGCUCUUACUAGCCAGGUGCUUUACUUUGUGAACAAGAACCGGAAGCUGUUCACGUCGGCACUGAAGCUGUGCGCAGGUGGUCAGCAGUCGCAGCCGACCUCGGUGAAUCUACUACGAGAGUUGUCGUAUGUGACGUUUGUCUUCCGCUACGUGACUCAGUUCCCUGACUUAUGUGAACAAACCCUGGCGACGGCGAAGUGGGAGAAGAUUUCGCAGUUGAUUCUUCAGGUCUUCCUGUUCUAUAGCGCUGAGCUUGCACCUCCCAGUGACGAAGCCGAUGGAAUGAGCGACAGCGGUUCUUCGUGGUGGAACAACAAGAUCACGGACUCGGUGGAGGAGCAGCGCAACGCAGCCAUCCAGCGUUUCUCGUGUGUGGAUUAUGAAGAAAAGAUUUUGGACAAGUGUGAUGCGGCGGCCGUGAAGGCCAGUGGAAGUGCUGGCUUGCUGCACAUGUCCAUGCUGGACGAGGAGAAGCUGUACGCGUCUCGGAUGAUCCUGUGUAAUGCUGUGGCGUUCUGUGCGAGUCGGAUGAUGCUUGCAGUGGGCGAUGGAAACGCUGGUCGGGCAGCUCCGUUGUUGGCCAUCACGAACAAGACACAAGUGCAGAAUAGAAACCAGUUUCCAUCCAUGUCUUCGGUGGACCCGCGCGCGUUUGCUGCUGCUACAGACCCGUUAUGGACCCUCGCGCCGUCAUUGAACGACUUUACUGCGCGGUUCGACUCCACCGUGUUUGCUCUGGAGACGAGUAAGCAGCUAGUGGACGCUCUGGCUGCUUUCAAGACUGAAGCUGCUUCGGCUCGCGCCACUUCUGUUUCGUCGGCGUCGUCGCAGCAACGUUCUCUUCGUCGACGCGAGCCCCAGUACGACACCACAACGCUGGAGAAUGUAUUGGAGUACCAUGCCGACAGCUUGGCGUUCGUAGUAGAAAACAUGCUUGUGGUGCUGUUGCUUCACUUCGUACACUACCUGAGUCACCCCGAAGCUGCAUCCAGCAAGAGUACCGUGCAUCAAGCACUCGGCAAAGUGCUUGGCGUUGUCAGCGACAUCGAGAGUAAUUCAUUCGCCCACGCAAUCGCUAGAAGACUUCGCGAGUUGGCGUCGAACAGUUAGUUUAGGGCCUCGCAUCCAGAAAACUUUUGACGUAUAUACACUAUGUCUGGCC